AUGGCGAGAGAGAAUAAUGAGGCGCCGGGUGCCGGCCAAUCAAAACGGCCAUCCAUGAUUCAUUUCGACAGCAGUGACCAAACACAACAACACACCGCGGUGCAACCGCAUCACCGUGUCAAGAGCCAAAAGCACAUUGUGGGUGGUGGCUCACGGCUGCAUGCGCGAGUGCCGUCUUCCAAGGGUCUUCACAAGCACCACGGUGGUGCAACAGCCUCAACGACCAAACUGAACAAUCACCACCGACAACACGGCAGCGGCUCGAUUUCACCAGAUAAAGACGGGGAGGGACUGACUUUGGUGUCGAAACGUCACCACCAUCGCCGAGCAACCUCGGAGCUGAAGCUCACCGGGGAUGCUACCACGUCAUCCAAUCACAUACAAAAGAACGUGUCGCAGACGAACCUGAAGCGCAAUCGGUCCCAGGCGGAUGUGGGGAAGAAGAGCAAGUCUACGACGAGUCUGCAUCGACAUACCGUCUCGAAUCCAAACGUGAACAAACUCAAAUCUUCGCGGGGGGGUUCCAAGGUUCAUUUUAAUCUGGGAGACGACGAGCAGGAAGACGAUAGUCAGGACGACGGGGAAUGGGUUGAUGCUAGCACUUCUGCUUCACCGUUGCUUUCGAGACGAGGUUCUACUAUUGGUGGGAACGGACAGCCGACGAAUCCGAAUCCUCCUCCUCCUCCCCCGACGAACGAAAUACAGAAUAAGCAACUACCUACAGUUGUAGCGUCGCCUCCGUCUCCCACGUCGCAUAGAGAUAUUGCGAGUAAACAACAGGCGCCGCCCGAGAGUGGGAGCGGACUGCAUAGUGCGGACAGUAGUUUUACCCGGAACGCUACGCUGGCUAAUACGAUUACUUCACGGAUAUUGUCCAGGGCUCCUUCUCAGGGUGCUGCGCCGAAGAUGUCGACCGAGAUUGCUGUUGCGCCUAGGCCGCCGGCGCCGAGACUGCCGUCUGCUCCGCCUACACGGCCGGGUUCGUCACAGAGGAUGUCGCCCGGGGAGGCGAGUCUGAUGCAGUUAGCGGGGGGGGUGGGACCCAGACUUGGGAGCAGCGGGAGGGCGGAGCUGCUCACGUCGAGGUUUGUGGGUGGGAGCAGCCAGGAGCCCGGCUCGGGCAUAGCGGCUGACUCUUUUAUCAUUGCUGCUGCUGCGAACAAGGAGGGUGUUUCUCGAGCUGCGCUGGGCAGCAAGGCGGACGCUGGUAUCCCGCGUCGGCCGCGGUCGAUGGGGAGUCUGUCGCAUGCGCAUGAGCAGCUUAAUGGGGGGAGAUAUGAUCAACAGCAACAUACUGACGACGAGGAAGGGGUUCAACACCAGUCUAAUGGGGCGAGGACAAGGCGCAACGGAAACGGCUAUGUAGUGCCGCGGGAUAUGAACCGGACGCAGCAGAAGCUGAAUCUGCAACGGGCCAGCUCGGGAUUGGAGCCGACUGCUUCGGGCCAGGCGAUGGUGCCUGUUGGUGGUGGAGGUGCACCAAGCCUGCUCAUGGGAGCUGCCGGGGGUGGUGGGGGGGUUGCUUCGAAUUAUGGGACGGCGAACCCGAAGCAUGGGAAGAUUUUGGAGAAGACGGGGAUGCAGUAUUUGAGCGUCAGACGGCAUCAGAACCCGAUUGCGAGGUCGGUGGCGAGGAUUUGGCAGCUGCCUGGGAUGGAGAUCAAGGCGCAGAGGAUCCCGCCGCCUAGUCGGGCUGCGAGCACUAGAAGAGGAGAUUUGGGGAGGUUGGCUGUUGAAGCAGGGGGCACUAGGCCACCGAGUAGAGCGGCCAGCGGGUUGAGGGUUGGGGAGAGCGCGGCGAGCAGUUUGGGGACUGAUGAUGGGUUGGGUGGUGGUAACGGAGGUGGUGGUGGAAAGGGGAGACUGAGCGGUGCCAGUCUGGUGGAUGGCGGGAACGAUGCCGCGACGAGGGCGCAGCUGGAGAUGAUGUGGAAUCAGAGCAUGGAUUUGAGCGCGAGCCAGGAAUAG